UUCCUAUUCACCGAAUUCAUCUUUGAUUAAAAACAAAUAUGAGAUGAUGAAUAAACGCGAAUGCCCGAAAAGCCCCGGCAAAUUUUAGCCAUUGAGACAAAGGUUUCGGUCAAUGAAAUUUAGUUUAAUUAUGGCGAGCAUCUGAUAAAGAGGAAAUGGAGCAGGGCAUGAUACUCUGAGAGUGCAAUGGGAAGGUUGUAAGGCUCUUCUUCGAUUUCAAGGAUUUCUGCAAGGAUCAAAUAUGAAGCGUCGACCAGGAAUAUCAGGGCUUCAAAAAACUGCUGCAGCUCGUGAUCAAUACAAGUUACUUGGAGAUAAUGUAGCUAAAAUACGAACAGAUCUUUUGAAGGAGCAACUUUCUACCUUCAGGACACAGCUUGAAGAUUUUGCGCGUAAACACAAGAAUGAUAUUAAGAAGAAUCCCGCUUUUAGGUCACAGUUCCAUGAGAUGUGUGCCAAGGUUGGUGUGGAUCCACUUGCAUCAAACAAGGGAUUUUGGGCUGAACUGCUAGGCAUUGGUGACUUCUAUUAUGAACUUGGGGUCCAGAUUGUUGAUAUUUGUUUGGCAACAAGACCACACAAUGGAGGUUUGAUUGAGCUACAGGAGCUGCAAGCUCUCCUUUCAAAAAGACGGAGAUCAUCCCGUGAAGCUAUAUCAGAAGAUGAUUGUUUGCGUGCUAUUAGUAAGCUCAAGGCACUAGGGAGUGGAUUCGAAGUCUUUUCUAUUGGGAAGAAAAAGCUUGUUCGAUCUGUUCCUACAGAAUUAAAUAAGGACCAUAAUGAAAUUUUUGAAAUGGCUCAGGUUCGAGGGUAUGUCAUGGUUGAGGAAGUUGAGAGGAAGCUGUGUUGGUCUUCAGGCCGUGCUAUUGAUGCCCUUCAAACUCUUCUUAAGGAGGGCCUUGCAAUGAUCGAUGAUGGUCAUCCUGAUGGUAAGAGACGAUUUUGGUUUCCAUGUAUAGGCUCCUCGUUUUCCGGCGCUGCAGAUGCUGAUACAAUAUCCUUGUGAAAAUUUUGAUGUACUUUGAAGUUUACCCAAUUAAAGGUUGUGAACAUCACCUGGCUUUGCAUGACAAAGGUUUGGAUUCUUCAUCCAGUCCCAAGGAAGAGCAACUCAAGGAUGUUGCCUUCAACUUUCCUUGAACUUGGGAAAAUUUGUGGUCGACAGAUAGCUGUGUGACAUGAAUAUUUGCAGUUAUUAUGUGAAUAAUCUUGAAUGUUAAAAGCAGCACUUAGUUCUGAGAGAAGAUUUAUAGUUGCUCAAGUAUAUAGAGACUGGUCUUUCCUAAUCUCAUGUCCACAAUGGCCUGUAUUAUUAAUUUACACCAUCCUCCCAAAAUAAAGUGUCGAAUAUUAAAUCUAUCCCUUUUUAUAUUCCAACUUCUUGCCUUCCUCGUUUAUGCUACCACCUACUUGUAUUAUUGAUCUCCUUGCAUGUAUCCAUUUCUCUUGAAUCGCUUUGGACCUAUCAGGAGCCAUUUUGUGGAAAUAAGGCACUCUUAUACAACCUAACAAUGAAUCUAAGGUCCACGGUAGUCUGAAGGUUCUUUAUGCAGAUGAUUGAGAGAAGGGAUUGUUAUAUGAUGAGAUAACAGAAUAGGAAUGGAACAUAAGCCAAAAAUUAAUAAAAUGACCGGUGGAAAUGUUGGUGUUGAA